AAUAAUAUCUCUCGACUUUUCGUGAGUUUUGUGUGGUGGGAUCGGAGUGGCAAUGUUGUGAAUAUGGUGAAUAUGAAGGGUGAUUUUUGGCAGGGGUUUUAUGUGAACGUUAGCAGUUAGUAUUGGUUGGUAUUUGAUGAUUUUGAAGGAAUUGAUGGGAGUAACAAUGGCAGCUCUUUUGCCAACUGUGAAGCUCAAUUUCUUGCCAAAAAUUCCAUCAUCUUCAAAUUCAUCUAUAAAGAGGGUGGUGGGAUUAAAGCCUGUGUUUUGCUCAGCUGUUCAGCAAGUGGAACAACAAGAAUCAAAGGUAGGAAUUUUGUGUGAACCUUGCAACGGAACAGGAUGGCUACUUUGUGAUUUCUGCAAUGGACAAAAAACUAAUGUGAAGUCUCAAACAAAUAAGAUCUACCGUCGAUGUCCAUCAUGUAAAGCAACUGGAUACAUAAUGUGCGCGAAGUGUAAAGUCUUCAAAUGUGUUACAUUCCCAGAUCAGAGUGAUGGUGAGCAGCUUUCAUUUUGAGGAUCAAACUCUUAUGAAAAACUAGCCUGUACUUGGUGGGAUGAAGGCUGAUGAUAAGCUUAAGGCAAUAUAAUUCUUAGUUAGUAAUUUUGGGUUGGAGAGGGGGAAGGGGCCAGAAAAAUAUGUUCUGUUUACUCUUCUCCUAUUUUUCCUUUUUGACCAGCAAUACAGAAUAUGAAUAGUAUCUUAUUUCAGAAUUAGCUGCUCUCAUAUUUUUCUUUGGUCUAUGGUCCUUUAGGGAGUUGCCACACCCAUUGUUUGUUGCUGCUGCUGCUGUUGUUGUUGUUGUUGUGGAUAUUUCAGUUGUAUACGCAUUUUUUUGUACAGAAGCACCACGUUAAUUUUUCAUUGACAAUUAAACCACUGCGAUAAGUUUGUCUGAGAA